AUGGGCGACGUCGCGAACGCCAUGCGCUACUGCCCGGACUGCCGCCGCGCCGUCGCGGUGGCCAUCAACCGCGCCUCCGGCGACACCGUCUGCGCCCUGUGCGCGCGCGUCCUCGGCCAGCGCUACGUCGACAAGUCCUCCGAGUGGCGCACCUUCCUCAACCAGGUCGGGGCCAUCGACGGCCGCAGCGUCGGCGGUGCCGCCGACCCUUCCCCCGCCCAGGCCACCGUCACCGUCGCCUACCCCGCCGCAGGCGACGAGCGUUCCAAGGCGGCCGGCCACGCCGGGACGCACGCGGGGGAGGGCGCCUCCUCGGCACCACUGCCGAGGAUGCGCGGCGCGGUCGGCGCCGGCCCUUCGCGGGGCGGCGGCGGCGGCGGCGCGCCGAGGAUGCGCGGCGCGGUGGGGCCGGUGCCCGACAGGGCGCUCGCCGAGUCUUUCCACGGCAUCGACGACAUGGCGGCGCGGCUGCAGCUGACGGCGGCCGUCAAGAACCGCGCCAGGGACGUGAUCAGGAAGCUGGAGAACACGAAGGCGUUCCCCAAGGGCGGCAAGUGCCGGAACCGGCAGGCGCUCUACGCGGCCUGCCUCCACAUGGCGUGCCGCGCCGAGGGCACGCCGCGGACGUUCAAGGAGCUGGCGUCCGUGACGGGCGACAGCGCCACGGCGGGGGUCAAGGACAUCGGGAGGCUCGUCAAGGUCAUGAAGGACUACCUCAGAGAUGACGAAGGCGGGCAGGCGGGAGGGCAGAUGAUGAUGAUCGGCGCCAUCGCGCGGCCGGGCGACUACAUGCGCCGCUUCGGCUCGCUGCUCGGGAUGGAGGACAAGGAGGUGGGCGCCGCGCUGGAGGCAGCGACGAGGCUGGAGAAGAACCUGGACGUGAGGCACAACCCCGACUCCAUCGCCGCCGCCGUCAUGUACAUGGCCAUCGAGCGCGCCGGCGUCGGGAGAUCCAUCCGCGACGUGUCCAUGGCCACCGGCGUCAGCGAGGGGACCAUCAGGGAGAUCUACUACAAGGACCUCUACCAGCACGCCAACAUGCUGUUCGGCCAGUAA